GUCAUGUAAAGAGCGAUCAUGGCUCUACUAGGUGGCGUCUCCCCACACUGGGAUUAGCUGUCUUCUCUUUCAGCACUCCCUGAAUUCCAUUCCGCCUUUUACUUUUCCGGCAGCUCUCUCUUUCUCUCCCUCUCUCCCCCUCUCUCUCUCUCUUUGCUCUAUCCCAGCACAGGACUUCUCAGUGACUUUGCAAAGGCUGCAUUUAGCCCACAACAAGUCCCAAGUUUCGGAGCGCACAGGAGGAGAAGCAAGUUUGGAGAGCCGAGUCGAUAUAUUUCCCAGCAGGCACGAAAUAAAAACUAGAAUACAAAUACAUUAAAAAAAAAAAACCAAACAAGCGCGAAAAAGGAUCCGUGUUACCUGUUGAUGAAGUCCCACCGGGUGUGGGACGCAGAGGAGCAGCCGGGUGCCUUCACGCAGAAGAAAAGUCUGAAAAGGGUGCAGACAUCUCCGCACUCCAGAGCCCAGGAGGAGUGAAGGACCGCGGGUUUUCCUUUUCCCCCAGCAUUCUGCAGCCUGUGCUGGGUUGGUGGAAAAUGGGCACCACUUCGAUCUGUGGACUUAUCCUGUCUUUGAUACUCACAUGCCAGCUGGUCACUGUGACUCAGGCCUCCAAGGUGUGGGGAGAGGUACCUUUGCCAGAAGACUUGGAGGCAGAGAAAGAUGUCAAGGCGUCCCAGAGCUUACUGGAUGACGACGAGGACUUUGCUGCUGAUGAAGCAUCAGGAGAUCUGCCCAGUGGAGAGGAUGAUGGAAGCACACCGUGGCCUCCAGUCUCCGAGACCACAACACGCUGGUUGGACUCUUCAUAUCUGGGGAACAUACAGAGCCCAGUCGAACCAGAGUACAUUUAUUACAGAGCUCUCGUCAACUUCACUGACUCCCUGGUAUACACCCCAGAGCUCGAGGACAUCUUUUCAACAGCCUUUAAUGAGGUCUCCGAAGCAGUGGUGGACACGCUGGAGUCGGACUACAACAGGAUUCAAGGUGUCCAGACAGUCAGCGUGGUCCUCAUUAAGAAGGUGAUCAGAGACGAUGGCGUGGACGUGUUUGUGGAGUUGGACGUGGGUUCUGACUACAACACCAAUGAUGAACAGAUCCGCAGCGUGUUGUACAACGUGGUGAAGGAGGGAGCCAUUGCUUCCUAUGUCACAUCAGUCCAGGGCUUUCAGUUCAGACGACUUGGGGAAGUUCAACCUCUGCCUUCAGUGGAGCCUAUAGCACUGCCAGUAACCCCCAGCAUCAGAGCCUGCAUGCCAGAUGAGCACAGGUGUGGUGAUGGAACAUGUAUCCUGAUGGAAUACCUGUGUGACAACAGACCAGACUGCAGAGACAUGAGUGAUGAGAUCAAUUGUGACACAAAACGGACGGUUCCUCCAGUGUUCACCACCACUCCCACCACAACCAUCACCGCUAAGAAACCCCCGCGGCCCGUCAGCCCCCCUGGACCUUGCAGAGCGGAUCAAGCCACAUGCCAGAGCGGAGAGUGCAUCCCCCGAGACUACAUCUGUGACGGGGAGAGGGACUGCUCUGACGGAAGCGACGAAUUCAGAUGUGGUACUCCAUCUCCUUGUGAACCCAAUGAGUUCAAGUGUAAAAAUGGUCGCUGCGCCCUCAAGCUUUGGCGUUGUGAUGGAGACAACGACUGUGAGGAUAAUUCAGAUGAAACGGACUGCCCCACCAAGGGUCCUGGCGACAGGUGUGCUCCUGAGCAAUUUGAAUGCCUGAGCGAUCGCACCUGCAUCCCAGCCAGUUACCAGUGUGAUGAAGAGCCAGACUGCCCUGACCGCUCUGAUGAGUACGGCUGCACCCCUCCCUCUGUGACAAGCCCGCCAGAAGAGUCCGUUCAGGCAGCGCGGGGGGCGACGGUGACGUUCACCUGUCAGGCUGUCGGAGUGCCAACACCCAUCAUCACCUGGAGACUCAACUGGGGACACAUUCCUGUCAGCGGCAGGAUCUCCAUGACCAGCGAGAACGGCCGUGGCACCCUGAUCAUUCGUGAUGUGAAGGAGGCGGAUCAGGGGGCGUACACCUGUGAGGCAAUCAACGCCAAAGGCCUGGUGUUUGGUAUCCCUGAUGGAGUGUUAACUCUCACAUCGAAUCCAAAUCCAGGCAACUGUCCUGAUGGUCACUUCAGUGUGGAGGGCCGCUGUGUCUCCUGCUUCUGUGCUGGAAUCACCAAGAACUGCAAGGGCACCGGUCGCUAUCGCAACAGGAUCAGCCUGCGUUUCACUGACGAGGAAGACUUCAAAGGAGUGAAUGUCACCUACCCCUCCAGGCCCGGCACUCCUCCUCUCUCAUCCACUCAGCUUCUCAUUAACCCUGAGAUGGAAGAGUUCCAGCUCGUCGACCUGUCACGUCGUUUCCUCAACCUUGACUCUUUCUGGACCUUGCCUCGCCAGUUCCUGGGCAACAAGAUUGACUCUUAUGGAGGAUCCCUGAAGUUCAAGGUGCGGUACACAUUGGCCCGUGGUCUGUCUGAGGUUGUGGAGAAGCCGGAUGUAAUGCUGGUUGGAAAUGGUCGCAGGCUUGUGUACCGCAGAGGCAGCGCCACCCCUGCCCGAGUGGUCAACCAGAAGGAGAUCAAAUUCACUGAAGAUAACUGGCAGCACUCCAAUGGCCGCCCUGUGAGCAGGGAGGAGCUGAUGAUGACGCUGGCCAACCUGGACAACAUCAGCAUCCGCACCAUCUACGACAACCACAUGGUGAGCGUGGCACUAAGUGACAUUGUGAUGGAUACCACCACUGUGGAGUUCAGCACUCUGGGUCAUGCUAAGGAUGUUGAAGAGUGCAGAUGUCCCCCUGGAUAUUCAGGCCUGUCCUGUGAGAUGUGUUCCGCUGGUUUCGAGCGUGUCCCCGGUGGCUCCUAUCUUGGCACCUGUGCUGGUUGUAACUGCAAUGGACAUGCCAGCGCCUGUGAUCCAAUCAACGGACACUGUCUGAGCUGCCAGCACAACACAGAGGGCCCUCAGUGUGACAAGUGUCGGUCAGGCUACUUUGGUGACCCGAGCAGAGGUCGCCCCGAUGACUGCAAGCCUUGCCCCUGCCCAUACUAUGAGACCACACGGCGGUUUUCUGACACCUGCUUCCUGGAUGUUGACCAACAACCAACAUGCGACGCCUGCAGGCCCGGCUACACAGGAAGACGCUGUGAAAAGUGUGCCCCUGGUUACCAGGGUAAUCCCCUUCUGCCUAAUGGAAAGUGUGUUCCUAACCAAAACUCCAAGUGUGAUAACAGAGGAGUUAUCAGCUCCAACAGCAGGCCAUGCAGCUGCAAGAACAACGUGGUAGGCACUCUGUGUGACGAGUGUAAGCCCGGGUUCUUCCACCUAUCAGAGGCCAAUCCUGAGGGCUGUCUACGUUGUUUCUGUAUGGGUGUCACCAAACAAUGCGCCAGUUCCACUUGGAACAGAGAUCAGGUGCGAGGAGGGGUGAACGGGCAGCUCUUCUCCCUCUCCAACGGAGCCAACACUAAAACUAUCUCUGAAGGCAUCUCCCAGAGGGGCUCCUCUGAAGUUGUCUACCGCUCCUUCUCCAGUGUCCCUAAAGACAUCUACUACUGGGUCCUGCCUGAAAGCUUCAGAGGAGAUAAGGUGACGGCCUAUGGCGGGGAGCUCCGCUACACAGUACGCUUUGAACCGUUUCAGCGCUCGCUGGUGAUUGACGGUCAGCCAGAUGUGGUUCUCCAGGGCAAUGGCAUCUUCCUGGAACACUACUCUCAAACCAAGCCUCUCCCACGUGUCCCACAAACUGUCACUGUGACCUUCAGAGAGUCUGCAUGGCGUCGUGCUGAUGGGCAGCCGUGUACUCGCGAGCACCUGCUGAUGGCUCUGGCUGACGUCACUGUCUUCAUGAUCAGGGCUAGUUAUGCAGACAACAUGGUUGAGAGCAGUAUCUCAGACAUCAAGAUGGACAUUGCUGUUCCCCAGUCCACUGGUAAUGAACGUGCUCUGGAGGUGGAAGAGUGCGCCUGCCCUCAGGGAUACAGAGGACCCUCUUGCCAGGAGUGUGAUGAGGGUUACACUCGGACCAGCUCUGGCCUUUACCUUGGCACUUGUGAGAGGUGCGAUUGCAAUGGUCACGCCAGCAGUUGUGACUCGGAGACUGGCAGGUGUCUGCAAUGUCUCCAUAACACCGCCGGGCCAAGGUGUGAGCGCUGUCAGCCUGGUUUCUAUGGAAACCCUGUAACGGGAGGUGCUCAGGCCUGCCAACCCUGCCCCUGUCCUGGAACUGCUUCCAGCAACCAAUUCUCCCCGACCUGUUAUCUGGAGUCUGAUGGUCAGCCGACCUGUGACAACUGUCCCCCUGGAUACACUGGCCGACGCUGCGAAAGAUGUGCCGCAGGAUACACUGGCAACCCACUGCUUGGACAGAGAUGUAGUGUUGGCAGCAAUGAAGUCAAUGGUAACUGCUAUAACUGUGACCAAAGAGGAAGUGAAGGCUGCAAUGGUGGUGUGUGCCGCUGCAAGAUGAACGUUGAAGGCCCAUCUUGCUCCAGCUGUAAGUCUGCAACCUUCCAUCUCAGCUCAGAAAACAAGGAUGGCUGCCUGUCCUGUUUCUGUAUGGGCGUCACUCAGCAGUGCUCCAGCUCUACCUACUACAGAGACCUGGUGUCCUCAGUCUUUUCUCCAGGGAACUUCCAAGGAUUCGCUCUGGUGAACCGUCAACGCACCAACCGCAUCUCCACUGGUUUCACUGUGGAGGUUUCCACCGAAGGCACUCAGCUGUCCUACAGCAACUUUGACUACCUGGGACAGGAGCCUCAUUACUGGCAGCUUCCAGGGGUUUACCAGGGAGACAAGAAAGAUUCUUAUUUUGCUCGUGUGAAACGAGCAGAGCAGGGUGGUGUCAGACAGAUGGAUGAUGAGGUCUGGGCGCUCCUUUCUAACUUCUCUAAUGGACAAGCUGGUCCCCCUCCAUUCUUUCCCUCCUCCUCCAAAUCCUCCUCCUCUUUCUCGUCCUCUUCUUCUUCUCGUUCUUCUCGGGUCCCAACUUCUUCCUCCUCCUCUCACUGGUCUGGUUUGCGUAACCUGAGCCCCCCUUCUCCUCCGUCCGGUAUCUCCUCUUCAGUUAGACCAACCAGACCCCAACCCUUUUCCCCAGGCUACGCUCCUCAUCUGCAGAGCAAGAACACACUGAGCAAGACUUCUUCUAGUGCUUCUGGGGCAAGCAGCAAGUACACUCUGGUCUACAAAGGUUUCAGCUUGCACCAGGAUGAUCUGCUCUACUGGCAGCUCCCAGCGCAGUUCACAGGGGAUAAGGUGGGUUCCUACGGCGGUAAGCUUAAAUACACCAUCUCCUAUGUGGCUGGUCCAAGAGGAACACUACUUGACGAUGGUGACAUCCAGAUUAUUGGUAAUGACGUCACUCUGGUAGCUCGUCAGCCCUGGAAGAGGAGACAGCAGGGCAGCAGAGAGACUCAGCAGUUUGAGGUUGUCUUCAGAGAGGAAAACUGGCGUCGUCCUGAUGAUAUGCCCGCCACCAGAGAGCACCUGAUGAUGGUUUUGGCUGACCUUGACGACAUCCUGAUUCGAGCAUCUUACUCCACGGAGAUGCGGUCCUCCAGCAUCUUUGAUAUCAACAUGGAAGUUGCUGUGCCUAACUACAGUGGCUUGGCUCAGGCCCUCGAGGUGGAGCAGUGCCGCUGCCCACCUGGAUACCAGGGGCUCUCUUGCCAGGACUGUGCACCUGGAUAUACUCGCACUGGAGGAGGUUUAUACCUGGGCCACUGUGAGCUCUGUGAAUGCAAUGGCCACUCUGACUCCUGCCACCCUGAGACUGGCAUCUGCACGAGUUGCCUGCAUAACACUCAAGGGGAGCUCUGUGAGCAGUGUGCUCCUGGCUUCUUUGGUGACCCCACUGUUGGCACUCCAGAGGACUGCCAGCCCUGCGCCUGCCCUCACACUGACCCAGACAACCAGUUCUCCCCCACCUGCGAGAGCCUUGGAAAUGGAGGCUACCAGUGUACUGCCUGUCAGCCUGGGUACACUGGCCAGUACUGUGAACGUUGUGCUCCUGGAUAUGUUGGCAACCCACAGGAAAGAGAGAAGUGUCGUCCAUACGAUGCUGCAGCCUCCCUGGUGGUGAAGGUUUAUCCAGAGAGGGUCCUGGCAUCUCAGGGUGGCCCUGUCACUCUCCGGUGUCAGGUGUCCGGCAAUCCUCCACACUAUUUCUACUGGUCCAGAGAGGAUGGACGACCCAUCUCCGGCAGUGCUGACAGACGCAGACAAGGAGCAGAGCUGUACUUCCCCAACGUCCAGCCGAGUGAUGCCGGCGUCUACGUUUGUACCUGCCGAGACCAACGAAGCACCAACAGGAGCCGUGCUGAAAUUGUUGUCACAAGUCAAUCCAAACCCAUUGAGGUGACAGUUGAGGAGCCCAAAGCCCAGACUGUCAGGGUGGGGUCUACUGUCAGCUUCAUCUGUACUGCAAAGAGCAAGUCCCCAGCCUACACCCUGGUGUGGACCCGUAUGGGUAACGGGAAGCUGCCCAACCGGGCCAUGGACUUCAACGGCAUUCUGACAAUUCAGAACGUCCAGCCCGAGGAUGCAGGAGUCUAUGUUUGCACAGGCUCCAACAUGUUUGCCAUGGACGAGGGCAAUGCCAUCCUCUACGUGCCAGAGGCCUCACAGACUCAGAUGUUUUACACAGCCUAUGAAAUGUUUGAAGGACACAGAAAGCCUGCAGAGGGGGCCCAGCCUGUGGCCACCAUCACUCCUUCAGUGCUGAAUGUCCAGCAGGGCCAGCGGGCAGAGUUUCGCUGCACAGUCACUGGCAACCCAACCCCUGCCAUUGAAUGGAUCGGAGGUCCAGGGAACAGAUUGAGUCCCAGAGCUGUGAUACGAGGUGGCAUACUGACCUUCUCAGCAGUAGACCCAGCUGAUGAGGGAGAGUACACCUGCAAAGCCCUUAACACUCAUGGGGAGCACACAGCACGGGUUUCCCUCUUUGUCCAAAAGUCUAACCCAAGUGGCCUAGGCACUCAGCCCCAAGUCCAAGUCAGUCCCCAAAAUAUUGGAGUCCAUGAAGGUGACACCUUGAGGUUAUACUGCCGAGCAACAGGAUCACCCACCCCGAAGCUCACCUGGCUGAAAAACGGAGGACAAAUCCCCCCACAGGCCAUUCCCUCUCACGGUUUCCAUCAGUUUAAAAGCAACAGUCUCGAUGUGUUACAGAGACGUAUUGAGGAGCUGCAGGCCCGCAUGGACCGCACAGACAUUGGCACUCUGCUCAUCCCCAACAUCAAGAUGUCCGACUCAGGCACUUACAUGUGUGUUGGUAGCAACAGCAUUGGCUCAAAUAGUGCUCCCAUUAAAGUCACUGUGUUCAAAGCAGACCAUAGCUCCUCAGUGGUCAGCAUCCAGCCAUCUAUAGCUGAUGUCCAAGAGGGCCAGAAUCUGGAGCUCAACUGUUUUGCCCCUGGAAAUCCUCCUCCCCAAGUCACCUGGACAAGAGCCAGUGGACGCCUCUCCUCCAACCACCAGGUUCUGGGCAGUCAGCUGCGUAUCCUGUCAGCCACUCCAGAGGACUCAGGGGAGUAUGUCUGUCGGGUUCAGGGCAACACUGGGAACACAGGAUCUCACGUCCACCAGGCCUCUGUCUCAGUGUCUGUUACUUCAUCUUCUUCACGUCUUCAGAGUCCAAUCAUCGCCAUUGAGCCCCACAGUGCUGCGGUGCGCGUAGGGGAGUCUGCCAGCUUCAGGUGCAGGGUGUACAGCGGAGCCCAGCCUGUUAGACUGGAGUGGAAACUGGCCAACAACCAGCCGCUGCCAGAUAAUGUUAAAGUUGGCCCAGAUGGUUCGGUUAUUACCAUUGUCUCUGUCCGCCCUAUGAACCAUGGUGCCUACCGUUGUGUGGCUAGCAACCCGUUCGGCAUCACCCACACCAUCGUGUCUUUGAUUGUCAAAGAGUCUCCUGUGGCCACCGUCACUCCUGCUGGACCUGUGAGUGUCAGGGUGGGAGAGCCCAUUAACCUGGAAUGCCAGGCGUCAGGAGAGCCCCGCCCCACCGUCUCAUGGCACAGGCUGGACAGCAACCGCAAGACCAUGCUGAGCAGCCCUGUACCCAUGGAGUCCAACGCAGUCAUGCAGAUACUAGUAGCACGUCCGGAGGACAGUGGCACGUAUGUAUGCACAGCUCGCAACAAUGAGGGCACUACUGAGACCAAGGUGGAGGUCACGGUUGAAGGAGGUUCUCAAGUGCCCACAGUGCCAUGGGCCUUUGUUACUGAACCGCUGAUGGUUAUGGUGGAGGGACAGACUGCAACACUGCGCUGUGAGGCCCAAGGUUUCCCGUCCCCGACGAUCACCUGGUCCAAGCUGCGCUCUCCUCUGCCUUGGAGACACAAGGUGGUGAACAACAGCCUGGUGCUGCCCAACGUGGGUCGCCAAGACUCUGGAGAAUACAUCUGCAGUGCCACCAACAACAUGGGCAACACUGAAGUCACCAUCAUGCUCGAUGUAGAGACUCCUCCCUAUGCCACUUCUAUGCCUGAUGACGUGGCUGUCCGGGUAGGGGAGGUGAUCAGGUUGCAGUGCCUGGCUCAUGGCACUCCUCCUCUGACCUACACUUGGGCCAAACUUGAUGGAAACCUGCCCCCGAGGGCCCAGGUUAGCGGAGGGGAUCUUCAGAUCAACCUGGCCACUGCUGAGGAUGCUGGGAGUUACAAGUGCGUGGCCAGCAACAAAGUGGGCAACAGCGAAGUGGUCGCUAAAGUCACAGUCAGAUCUCCCUUGGCAGUGCGUGUAUCACCCCAGGUGGAAGUAAAGGCCCAGGGAAGCGCUGUGGAGUUCACUUGCUCCGCAGCAGGUGGUAUAGACACCAAAAUCGAGUGGCUGAAGGAAGGAGGAGCUCUUCCACCCAACCACCACGUCAAGGAUGGGGUGCUCAGGAUUGAGAACCUUGAGCAGAGCAAUGAAGGUGUUUAUAUCUGCAGAGCCAGCAGUGGGUAUGGUCAGGCUCAAGACACUGCCAGGUUGACCAUCCAAGCCCUGCCGAAGGUGAUGAUCAAUGUGCGUACCUCAGUGCAGACUGUGAUGAUAGGAAACUCAGUAGAGUUUGAGUGCCAGGCUGUUGGUGACCCAGAGCCCACGGUUCAGUGGAGUAAAGUCGGUGGGUCUCUGCCCGCUCAUAUCAUGGUGAAGGGUGGCAUGCUGAAGAUCGAGCAGGUGACGGAGGCCGAUGCCGGGCAGUACCGCUGUACGGCCACCAACGACGUAGGCUCAGUGCAGUCCCAGGUGGUCCUUAACGUCCAGUCCCUUCCUCAAAUUGCUGCGCUGCCUGAAACUAAGGAGGUGACAGUUGGGUCUGAUGCAGUCAUGCCCUGUGUGGCUUCAGGAUACCCUGUACCUGAGAUCAAAUGGUCCAAGCUGGAUGGAGAGCUUCCUCCUAAGUGUUUCCAAGAAGUCAAUGUGCUGACAGUUCCUGGGGUGACCCAUGAGGAUUCUGGGACAUAUGUCUGCACCGCCUCUAACAAACAGGGAAAAGUGGAAGCCUUUACUACACUUGAAGUCCACGAGAGAGUGAUGCCAUACUUUGCCCAGCAACCCUCGUCCUACCUUACCCUGCCCACCAUCAAAAAUGCCUACAAGGCUUUCAGCAUUAAGAUCAACUUUAGACCCGAUAAUGUUGAUGGUCUCAUAUUGUACGCUGGUAUGAUCCUCUACAAUGGCCAAAGAAGGACCACAGGAGCAGACUUUAUCUCUCUGGGGCUAGUGGGCGGCCGCUUAGAGUUCAGGUUUGACGUGGGCUCCGGCAUGGCCACCAUACGUGACCCCAACCCUGUCAAACUGGGAGAGUUUCACACAGUUGAGCUGUAUCGCAACCACACCUUGGGCUACAUCAUUGUAGACGGAGGGGAGCCCAUCAACGGCAGCUCACAGGGCAAGUUCCAGGGCCUGGAUCUGAAUGAGGAGCUGCAUGUGGGUGGUUACCCCAACUUCACAGUCCUCGCCAAAACUGCUGGCAUUAAGACUGGUUUUGUUGGCUGUAUCCGUCAGCUGGUUAUCCAAGGUGAUGAAGUCAUCUUCAAAGACCUUGACCGCAGCUCUACUGGUGUCACAAACUGUCCCACCUGCAAAGACCAGCCAUGCCAGAAUGAAGGGAGGUGUGAGGACUCAGAUGCCAGCUUGUAUAAGUGCAGCUGCCCGAGAGGAUUCACAGGCAGCAACUGCCAGCACCAUUCAUCCCUGCACUGUCACUCAGAGGCCUGCGGACCAGAUGCCACUUGCAUCAACCGCGCAAAUGGCCUUGGCUAUGACUGCCGCUGCCAUCUUGGCAAGUCUGGAAACAAAUGCAUGGAUGGGGAAUUGGUGACCACUCCACUGUUUGAUGGUGAGGAAUCAUACAUAGCCUAUCCUCCACUGACCAACAUCCAUGAUGACCUGCGUGUUGAGCUGGAGUUCAAGCCCCUGGAAAGAGAUGGCCUGAUGUUCUUCUGUGGAGGGAAGAAAAUGAAGGUGGAGGACUUUGUCGCCAUCUCCAUGGUGGAAGGACAUGUAGAGUUCAGAUAUGAACUGGGCACAGGCCAGGCAAUCCUUCUGAGUUCAGAGCCAGUGUCUCUGGGCCAGUGGCACAGAGUUGUGGCCGAGCGAAACAAGAGAUCCGGCCACCUGAAGGUGGACCAAGGCCCAGUGGAGAAAAAGAUGUCUCCAGGAAAAGCCCAGGGCCUCAAUAUCCACACCCACAUGUACCUGGGAGGAGUCCCCAACAUGGAGAUCCUGCCUAAGCCUGCCAAUGUCAGCGAAAUGUUUGAGGGAUGUAUAGGAGAGGUUUCCAUCAACAACAAGAAGGUGGAUCUGUCCUACAGCUUUACAGAAUUCAGAUCUAUCCGCAAGUGUGUGGACAACAGUCCCUGUGACCGCCGGCCCUGCCUGAAUGGUGGUCACUGCAUGUCGAGUGCUGAAUAUGAGUACCAGUGCCUCUGUAAGGACGGAUUUGAAGGUGAGCGUUGUGAGGUGGUCAAAGACGUGUGCCAGAGCAACUUUCAAUGCCAGAAUGGCGGCAGCUGUGUCGACGGCAAGUGUGUGUGUACGCCCGGCCACACGGGUCUGAACUGUGAAGAAAGCCAUGUCACCAGCUUGCCCGAGGCCCAGUGGAAUUUGGAAGCUAGCGAGGCAAAUGAUUCACCCUAUCAGUAUGCAGCUCAUUUCCACAAUGAUGGAUACAUUGGCCUUCCUAAAUCCAUUUUCCCAAGAAGUGCCCAUGAUUCACCAGAGACCAUCGAGCUGGAGAUCAACACUGGCUCCUCUGAGGGCCUGAUCUUGUGGCAGGGAGUGGAGACCAAUGGCGCACGCAAUUUGCGAAAGGUGCAUGCUAGUAAAAAGGAACACGGAGAACACGGCAAAGGCAAGGACUUCAUUAGCCUCGGUCUACAGAAUGGACGCCUUGUUUUCAGUUACCAGUUGGGCAGCGGAGAGGCACAGAUCUUGUCCCGGAAGCCCAUCAACGAUGGGAGAUGGCAUAAGAUCACAGCAGUCAGGACUGGAAAAGAUGGGUACAUCCAGAUUGAUGGAGGAGCCGCGCUACAUGGACAGUCUAAAGGCGGAAGCCUCAUGGUCAACACCAAAGGCAGUAUAUACCUGGGCGGAGCCCCAGACAUGGCUGCUAUGACAGGAGGGAAGUUUUCGUCGGGAAUGACGGGCUGCGUGAGGAACCUGACACUGAUGAACGCUCGGCCGGGACAGCAGCCAGCUCAGGCCAUCGACCUGCAAGCCCACGCAGCCCGCGGCAUCAACGUGCAGCCGUGCUCUUCAUAGAUCGCAACACACAUACACGAACACACAUACACAGACACACGCAUACACACACAGAGACUAUGGAGUGAUGUCAUACACACAGCAGACUCACACAGAGAGACUUACACACAAAGAGGCUGACACAAACUUGGUGCUUUGCUGCUACCAAAAACAAAACAAAAAAAGAUGACACGACAGGAUAUGUUUCUCUGUGUGCAGUAAAACCAAAAAAGAGAAAAAAUGAUAUUAACAAGUCUUCUCUUCCUCAGUGUUGUAUUCUCAAUGAAGGACUAUUAACACAGGAGAACCAGUACAGUUUACAUACUUCCAGCAGUAGUUUUAGCCAUGAGAAGAGUAAGAGUAAAACUAUUAGGCCUUCUACGAUGGGUCAGAUCCUAUGGAGUUGGAGAUGUUUUUACAGCACUGAAUUUUUAUUUAUAUACAUAUGAAUAUAUAUAUAUUAUAUUUGUGGGGGAAAACAUGCAAACUAACCAUAACUGCUCUUCAACUUUCCUAGAGUUUAUUCUGGGUUCUAAUACUGUGUGUCCAGGGCUUUUUAUAGGCCUAACUGUAUUAAUACUUGAAGAUGUUUAGGCCUUCUUUCUUCACUUCUGUAGAGGAACCUUUUUUUGUUGUUUUUCUUUUUUUUUGCGCGAGCAUGCUUACAGUUUUGUUUUUGGGAGAGGAGCGCACACAGUCACGGUCACAUGCAGCUUCAGUACACAACUCAGGUCGUCAAAUACAAAUUAAUAACCGCAAUUGUCACGAUUUUUGCUUUGCAUGUCAUUCACAGCACUGUUGUGUCUUCUGUGUCUGUAUUUCUUUUUAAUGAAAAAGAAAGAAACCUUGGUGCUAAUGUCAGACAUAAAGAUGCAGCACAUAGUCGUACGGUUUCCUGUCAGUCACACGUAGAGGUGUCUUUUAGUAAUUUGGUUCUUAGAUGAAUCUAAAACAGUAUACACUAGUGUCACAUUUGUUGAUAUGCAUGGCAUUUGAGGUUGAUUUUAUAAGAAUAUGGCAUGAUUUGUUGCCUCCACAGCCUUAUUUGAUUGAGUAGAUCUCAAAAAACAGUGAAUUGAAAAGGGUGUAAUUUUUCAUGUGUGGUUGUUGAAGAUAUUGUUUUAUGUGUUAAACUAUCUGCCAGUCAGGUAGAUAUCUAUAUCAAUUAAGAAUGAGUGUGUAUGCUAGUAAAUGUGUUGGUUAUGUAUGUCUCAGCCCCUUCCAUUUCUCAUAGGUCACUCUACUUUAAGCCCCAGUGUGGAGUCAGGUGUGUGUGUCAGUGUGUGUGUGUGUGUGUCAUUAUCCAUAUCCUCAGGAGGAUCAACCCAGAACUGCCUCAAGAUGUUACUUAAUUUUCAGGUUUGGUAGCUUUAGCGACAAUUCAGUAAGCUAUAAAACUCUGAAGGCUCUGUGGUUCUGUGGGUUGUUUUCUCUGCAGAGGGAGAUUCAUCAAACAGCAGUAGGACACAGUUGGGAUAGUGUUUGGUCAUGUGGGAAUGCAGUGGAAACCUCCUGCAGGUGCUGUGACCAGUAGUGUAGCUCUAAUAAAGCAUGCUCGCCCACCUUUAGUCAACCACACCACAAAAUCACAACGGCACGAUCACUUUGGGGUUCACAAACCUUUUUCUCAUUUUUGUAAGCUUAAAAUAUUUGUAUUAAUAUCCUAAAAAUGAGCACUAUCCUUUCUCUUAGAGUUGCUUCAUUUUUAUUUAUUUUAUGUUUUUUGUUUUUCUUUUCCUCUUUUCCAUCGCUUUUGUUUUAAGGCUUGAUUCUGCUGUUUUAGAGCAAUCACAGAAGCUUGCUAUUUUCUUUCCUCUGGUUAUUGUGUAUUGCCUCCCACAUCCCCUCGUUUUUCCCCUCUUGUUUGAGUUUGAAUACGGCACCCCGGUAAGUUCUUCAGAAAUUCCCAUUGUAGUUCCAUGAAAGGUUAAGUACCUGACUGCAACUGCCUGGUCAAAUGGUUGGAAACUGGUCUUAUUAUUCACUUGAUGAAAAAAGUCUUAGACUCCAAAUGCAACAAAUAAAUUAUUUAUGUACGCAGAAAGGUGUCAUCAUGUUUGUUCAAAUAUGAACAUGUGGACUGAAAAGAGCCACUGCUGUGGUCCAGGUUUAGGACACUGAAGCAGAGAAUGACGUUCUGCUCUUAAACUGGAUUUCCAUAUAUACACUGUACACUCACGCCCAAUGCAAAGUCGUCAAGAAACUGCUUUUUGUUUUUUUUAGGCAAUUGCAAAAUAUUAAAGCUGCACUUUUUAGUAAUGAUGGAAAUUUUUAUUUUCAAAUGUUUUAAACAUUUUACUGUUUCACUUCUGAAUGGCAGAAAAAAGCAGAUAACUCGGUUAAAUGAAUGAAAUUGUACCAGAUGGAUUAUUGUCCCCGUCAGGGCGACUUGACAUCCAUUUCCAGUGUUGGAAAGACGCUCCCCUUGCCCUUGGUGUUUCUUAAUUAAAAACAAAAUUCAUGUGCUA